AUGGCUGGAGAAAGCAAAGCACCGCCACCGGACGCUCAACUCUUUGGGCUCCUCUCCGGUCUUCUCCAGCAGGUGGAAUCAUUGACCAACCAAGAGGAAGUUGAAUUACGAGCCAAAAUUGAAGCCCUCGGCUUAGAGGUUACAAAAGUUCCUUCAAAGUCCGCACAACACCUUGAUGAGAUGGAGAUAGCUAAGGAGUUGGAUAAAUUAUCAGCAAAGCUGGACAAUGUGGAUGAGAUGAUAUCAUCUGCUAUGGCUGCAGAUCCACAAGUGCAGUCUCUCUUGAGUAGUACUGCUGAUGUAUGGAUGCCAGUUAUAACUGCUACUUCAGAUGAAAGGCGUAAUUUCACUGCAUCAGUCGGAGAAGAUAUUCAUGAAGUGAAAGGCGAAAAUUCUGAGUAG